AUGAUGCGCUCGCCAAUUCGUACGGUCAUUCAAGAUGAUUAUAACCACCUGUUCUUGUGCCUAGAAGCAGAUGCCCUUCCUCCUGUGCCUGCGGGGGGAAUAACCUUCCAAGAUCCGAAGAGUUCGUGGCUUCCAGAUCCCAAAGAUUUUAUAAGACGCAGCUGGGCUUCUGACACUAUGCCAUACCAGGGCUUUCUUCCCGUCCACCGGAGCAGCGUUUAUCAGUGUGUUCUGUUCAAGUGUCUGGACUAUUCGUCGGCUUCUAUCCCGCUGUUUUCCCCUUCACCGGGCCAAUGGGCUUUGGAAACAAAAGUCGCAGACAAAUGGAAGCACCUGGAAAUUCUCUUGGAUAUCUUGAGGCGAACGUUAGGGAAAAAAUUGGACUGCGUUGAAAGACUUUCGUACCCUAGAUUUCCUCCGCCGUGGGAGUAUGGAUAUCAUCAUGCAAAAUGUCACAAGAUGGCGAUGGAACAUGCCGCAAUGCGAUCGCGGGACGCAUUUUUGAUACUGGCAGGAGAAAUUUCGUUCCUGUUGGCGCUCACCCUCGCGAAAAAGGAUGGAGAUGACUGGGAAAUCACGCUGACAGAGGAAGUCGGCGGGAACUGGACUGAUCUCAUUCGAACUUCUUGGUUAGUUCAAAAUGAUAGUGGUUUUUGGCAAGGUGAAGAGGCAUCGCGGCGAGUCGGUCUCUUCGUAGAUCCUCGGGCAUGCAAAAACGCCGCAAAGUUCCUGGAAGCGUAUACCACAUACAGCAUUCCGGUCUGGAUAAAUUGGGGCCCGAUCACGAGUCCGUUUGAAGCAUUGGACCAGUCCUUACGCCAGAAGUACUACUUUUGGGUCCCACCGAGUAAGGUUGUUCGUCGUACCAAAGCAGCAGAGCAUAUUGCUCCCCAAACACACGACAUUUCGCUUGGUACUGGUAGGCGGCAGACUGGCGAAAUAUUUGUAGUCAGUGAAUCAGAACAAAACGUCCGACGAACCACCGGAUAUUCGGAUGUUCUUGCUGCCAACCAUUCAGACAACACCCGCGUCACGGUCGAAGGCCAUAGAUACUCGGAGGAACUGCAGCUCCUGCAUACGCCGACAUAUGAAAAGCAGAGCUGUCAUGUUCGGACCACAGAGCUUGUUUCCGAGGAGCAAAAAUAUCCGAUAGGAAAUGUUGAUACUUUCGUUUGGGAAAGGGUGGACGACAAAGAAUACGUCGCGAUGCGACACGUCUCUGAUAGUAGUAUUCCGCCUGGGCAACGACAUCCACCCCUUCCUAUGGAGAAAGGUGCUCAGGCCUCAGUAGGGAAGCUGUCAGCACUCAGCUGGGAAAAGGCAUAUAGUACAAAACUCUUUGAGGCACAAUCCCAGGUGCUCAGUGAAGAUCUUAAGCCCAAGGAACAUGAAUAUUGGCCCUUGAAGGAUGUCCUGCGCUUUCGGUUUGGCAUACAGACCGCCAGGCCAACAGAUCCGAGCCCAUCGUUGAGACUAACUGCAGUGGACGAGGCAAAGGUCACAACUUGUCUGAAAUCACUAGAAUAUUUCAGCGUACCGCAGGACGACGUAGAAAAAUCGGUUUUUCUGAGUUUGGGAGAAUUUGUCUUAUGGUUGGCGUGGCAUGCAACGAAGAAGGAAGGCAGCGGCAAAAGUGUUAUAACGGCUUCACACGUGCAGCCGCCACCAACGUCCAUACCUGUUACUUGGUGGGAUUUAUUACCUCAAUCACAUAGCUACUUGGGUAAACUUGCUUCUCCUCUGGAUAUCCAAGCUGUCCGAUGGCACGAUGGAGGCGACGAGAGAACGGGAUACCGCCUUCAAGUCCAGGGCGCAUCGAAGGUUCACGAACAGCGCUACAUGCUCAUCGUUUACCGCGCCGACGAUGUUCUGCAUUGUCUACGUCUAUCUGGAAUGACGUGCCUUGACGAUCUGAUAGAGGAACUCUGCGGCCAUGGUAUCCGCUUCACCGUGGGCGUUCAAGCAGAUCCGUCGAAUCCAAAGUCAGGGAGAAAGCCCUGUGUAAACGGCCCAUGUCAAACUGCUUAUACAGCCAUUCCAUAUAGACCAGCCAAUUUCAAGGCUGGUCUAUUGGACUACAUAUCUUAUGUGCGCAGAAGGGCUGCAUUAUUGCGCGACCCCGUCGUUGCAAAGGCUGCUUUGAUGCACGGAGGGAUCAUAUGGCGUCUCGCUAUGGAACACAUUGACGACUUUAGUGUCAUUCUGCAACGCCCAACCGAUGACAUCUUGCGCUAUGGAAAAUGCCAUAAAGUUACCGUCCUAGGCCGAGAGGAGCGCGAGAUUCACAUGUGGGAGGAAAGCCUCAGUGAAUCCCAACUGAAUGUCAUUUGUGGGGUUUACAAGGUGUACAACCAGUCUCCUAACGGGUACAGUCUCACUCAAGACAUAUCUUGGUUCCCGAAGGACGGUAGUUUCAAAAAUUCUGCUCUCAGUGUCGGGUUUUGGACCGCCGACACUGAACAGUGGUAUAUCCGUCGCGUGCAGUUGUACCUCUCAGCAGAUUCAGAAAAAAGUUGCUUAAACCAAGCCGGUUGGCGAAGCAGCGUCCGUUUAUGGAGCAUUUUGUUGACCAUCACGUUCUGGUGCAUCAACGAUGAAGACGCUCCUGGAAGGAGGGGAAGACGUAGUUUCUUGAUCGAGAGGUAG